AUGGAAGCCAUAGGUCUAGUGGCCAGCAUAAUCACUCUCAUCAGCGCAGCCAGCAAUGCCGCCUUGAUCCUGGAACGAGUAUUAGGCCUGCGCGGCGUUUCCCUAUACGUCCUCGGAGCACUGAACGAAGUCACCGACUUCAAGGCUACUUCCACUCUGAUGAAACUCAGCAUCAGCUUCCGCAGGCCUAUCGGGCGGAAUACAACAGGCUUCUGGAUCGAGCACUGGGCUGUAUGGACGCCUUCACGAAGUACCUCCGAAGAAAUGUCCUACGUGAGCGAGAAGAAGUAG